AACAGCACAGUGCACUGAGCGCAGCCAAGUUUGCGAAGGAAGGUGCGAAACUGACAACGUUUCUGAAGCAAGAAUAAGAGUUGGUUUAAAUUGAGCGAUGGAGGGAUGUGUGGUCCGUCUGCAUGGAGUUGUGUUCAAUGGUUUAAACGCUCAACCCAUCAUAAUCAACUUCAACCAACUCUUCCAAACUAGAGAUGCUCCUGCAAUUCUGCCUACGAUAAAGAACGAGGAUGUUGCACGUGCUGUGGUGGCUCUAUUGGACAUGUCCUUGCCUGAUGUCGGCCCUAAAGAUAUUCACGCAACAGUGCAUUACCCUGGGGUGCAUACUAUUAUUUUGACACGAGGCCAUGAUGAUGCUUUAGUGGAAUAUAGUGCAAGACCAUUUAGAAAAAAGGGGGCAACACUGAGCUCAGUGCCCUGUAAAACAUCUACCAAUGUUGAUCCCACACAUAAGCUGCUUUCUGAGCUAUACAGUGACUCUGAGGAAAGUUCAGAGGAGGAAAGUUCAGAGGAGAUGUUAGAAGAGGGAGCAAGUAGCAGAUGGUCUUGGGAGCAAUUUAAAGAAGGCCUGCAGGAGCUUGUGGAUGGAGCGAGGAAUAGAAAAGACAGAAGAGAAAUACGUGGAGAAGAUGGAAAGAUCCCACCAUCCGCCGUUGGAGUGGAAUCUCUCAUCGUUGCUGCUGCUUGCUACGAACUCAAGACACUGUUUACAGGAAACAAAGUGCUUCAGCUGUCUCUUUUGGCUGUUAGGAAAAACUACCGGCAUCGGGGGAUUGGCAGCUACAUCUUACAGCUUGUGAAGUCUCAGUCUGUAGUAGGACAGUAUGACACACUUGUCGCCCACUCUGACACCGAUACAACAGCAUUCUUCAAAAGCAACGAGUUCACUGACGACCUCAUGCUCAACGACAUGUUCAAAGAGCUGAAAGAUGAAUGGACCAACAGUAUUAUGAUGAGUUACCUGCCACCCUUUACCACAGACCUCACGAUGAGAGAUCCUGAUUUCUCCCUGAGUUUACAAGAGGUGGAGAUAGAGUUGAAAACUGCGAGGUCACAGGCUCUCUGUGCGUAUCAGCAUCAGAUGGUAUGUGUGACCAGGCUUCUGAAAGAGGUCAAGAUCCUACGCCAACAGCUUGAAACACUACGUGAAGAAGCGGACUGUCUUAACCUCAGGCUGGAACACGAAAAACGAAAACGCCAUGACGUAGAAAACAGGUUUUUGAUGUACAGGCUGAAGAAUGCACAGAAGCUGUUGGACAAUACUGCGUCAGACUUAGAUGACCAGGAACAUUCAAAUCCAGAAACACAAGAGCAAGAAACAGGGCAGUCCAAACAACCUUUCAUCCAAACACCAGAGGGCGCUGAAGGUUGUUGAGGAAACAGCUACGUU